GGGUGGACUCUGGGGCAUUAUACCCCGUUGAGCUCCAGGCCCUCCCCAGACCUUGCUCCCACAUUCCACUCCACCUCCAGUAUUUCCAGAAUUGGCCACUCUAAUUUGCGAUGCGAAGUUGUGGACCUAAGCGAUUUUGAUCCCUCUCUGUAGCUGUGGCGGCUCAGGGAAAAAAAAACAGCCCAGUCUGCAGGAAUUUAGGGGCAGUUGAAAGUUCCAGGCUCCAGUAGCCAGGAUACUAACAUCUGCCCCAUUUUUGAAAUGGGAGAUCUGCGGAGAUGCCUAGCCAGUGGAGAAUAUGGCAAGCUGAAGGACUGUCCCAUGUUUGAAAGCAAUUUUGUACAGGUCACCAAAGAUGGGGAGGUAAACAACAGGAUCACCAUGGGUAUUGCUGCCAGUAGUCCAAGCUUGGAGCUGCCUGACCUUAUGCUGCUGGCGCGGCCAGUGGAGUGCCAGCAGGAGACAGACUCAUGCGCGUAUGUUCAAGCUGUGUUUGUCCCUCAAGAAGAGCUGCAACUUAUCGGGCUUCUGCCCCUGAAGUUUGUCCGGAUCUUCAUCCACGAUGAAAGAAGAUACCAGUUCAAAGUUAGCCUGGCCAAUGGCCGCACGUUCUAUCUACAGCUUCUGGCACAUCCUCAAAAACUGGAAGAUAUCUUUGGGCAGUGGGUACGACUGCUCUACCGCUUGCGUUUUUACCGCACUGAUGCCCCCAUCACCUACCAGCAGGCGAACCUGAGCUACCCGCAUCGCAGUGUAUCCAGGAAGUGGUCAUAGGUGAUCCAAAAGAAUCCCAUUAUUCUCGGGACCUC